CUAUAAAAGUUUGUAUAUGAAAAGCUGCAUAUAUGUGUAUACAUAACAUUUUAUAAAAUAAUGAAGAUUAGUCAAUAAUAAAAAGCAAGCCUCGACCAUACCUGCUCUACACCCACAAAUACCUCCUUACAUUGAUACUAAUAAAACUAUUUUGACAGAUCCAGUCUUGUACUGUAGUUAAUCUAAAAAAGAAAGCCAAGCAUAGCUGGAGGGCAGACGCUAGCAAAAGGAAUGCAUGACCAGGAAUGAGGAGGGUCAGCAUGCUAAAAAUUGGAAGUGAGCCAAAAUACAAGCAAGCUUCCUCACCUGCUUCCAAGCCUAUAAAUAGAUUGAAAACCCAAAGCAUUUCGCUCAUGCUCCCAAUUCAGUGCUGCCUACGUUAGACUUGACUGAACAACGAUUCUCAGAAUGCCAUCAAGAAUUUCGUACCAAUCCAGCAGCUCCGGCAGCAGGGGUUCAGGAUUCAGAGGGCUGGGGGCUGGUAGCGGGCUGUCAGCUAGUAUGUCCCGUAUGAGCCUAGGUGGAGGUGGUGGAUUGGUAGCAGGUGGUUUGGGCGUAGGAGGUAGUAUUGGGAUGGGAGCAGGUGGCCUUGGCAUGGGCAGUGGGUAUGGGCUUGGUGGUGCUAGCUUUGGGAUUGGUGGAUCUGGCAUGGGUGUGGGCUAUGGUCUUGGUAUGGGAGCAGCAAAUCUGGGCAUUGGCAUGGGUUAUGGAGGUGGCAUGGGUUCUGCUGGUGCCUUGUUGCCCAGCCCAGCUUUUGCCAUGGGCCGCACACUGACAGCAGGGGGACUGAGCCUAGGCUCUGCCCUGACUGCUGGGUCUUCCAUGCAUGCCCUUCCUCGUCCAAUACCAACCAGGGCAUCAGAGAAGCACACUCUGUCCGGCCUGAACGAUCGUUUCUCCAAUUACAUUGACAAGGUGCGAUUCUUACAAAAUGAGAACGCCAGCCUAGAAGCCCAGUUGAAUCAGUUGACUGGGGGGGCCUCUGUGACAUCUGAUUCCUCUGUUAGCGUCAACUACGAUGCCCAGCUUAAAGACCUCAGGGUCACCAUGGAGACACUCGCCUUGGAAAAUAUCAAAUUUGAGAUUCAGCUGGACAACAUCAGGGGAACCGCUGAGGAACUGAAAGCCAAGUAUGAUUUUGAAAUGGGAGUGAAAUAUCAGCUGGAGGCUGACAUUGCAGCCAUGAAAAGGGAUAUUGAAACCGCUUCAGACCUCCGCAUUGAUCUGGAGUCCAAGUAUCAAAGUCUUUCUUCUGAACUUGAUUUUGUCACCAAAACGCAUGAAGAGGAAUUGGCAAGCUUGCAGGUUAAACUGGGGACCACCACCAGUGACACCUCCUCUGUGUCCAUGAUUGAGGUGGAUACAGUCAAAUCAUUUGACCUCUCAACGGCACUGAAUAAGAUGAGAGCAGAAUACGAGAAAUCUGUCCAGCAACACAGAGAAGAGGCGGAAAGUUACUUCAAACUCAAGAUGGAUGAAAUUCAAAGUGUGACAGCCAAGAGCUCAGAGGCCAUUUCAGCAGCCAAGGCUGAAGUCUCAGUAGCACGAAAAGAGUUACAGACGUUGAAUUUGGAACUACAGUCUCUUCUCUCUGUGAAUUUCUCGUUGGAACAAAGCCUGGCAGAAGCACACGCACAGAGCAGUGUCGGGGUGGCUGAAUACCAAGCUCAAAUCACAAGUCUGGAGUCGGCCAUCGAAAUAGCAAAGGUGGACCUCCACAAACAGAUCCUGUCCUACCAGGAGCUUCUUGACGUCAAACUGGCUCUCGAUGGGGAGAUAUCCACAUACAGGAAGCUGUUGGAAGGAGAUGACUUGAAACUUCCAGACGUUGAAAUUUACUCAGGAACAUACAGUUUUUCAGUAUCCAAUGGUGGACUGCAAAAGAAAGAAAUGUCAAUCACUGCAGAAGAUAUAGAGACUUCUUCAAUCCCUUAAAACCAGCUGAUCAAGCUUCUUCACUAUGCAAUGAUGGGUGCCUUGAGACUGUCAAGUUACAAAGUCCUAAGAUUCUCUACGCAGCUUUUCUUUAGAAAUGUACUCCUUACUCCUUAUAUAUAUAUAUUACUCCUGAAUAAAAUCCCUCUGUCUUGCAUUAUAAAAAAAACCUGUGUCUUUGUCACUGUACUUUUUUCACAUUACCACCCGUGAAUCAACAUAAAUUAACACUGUAUGUGCCUUAUACUGCAAAUUGUAAGAUGGUUCUUGUACCACGAGUCAUUACUGAACUGGGGACAUUGCAAUGAAAGUCAUUUCAUUAUUACAUCUGUUUUCACAGAUCUACUUUGGUAUCCAGUUGAAUGUCAUACUAGAUUUUUGUCAAAAUAAAAGUG